AGUGUGUAUUAAGUAUUAACACUUUCGGUUUCUCACAAUCUUACUUUGACCGCCGGCACCGCCAUACCUCCGCCACUUCCGCCACCCAGUCUCACUUCCACACUGUGCUGGUUGCCUGACCUCCAACCUCCUGAGCACAACACAAAUGGCAGCGCCACCACGAACUGGGCGCUUGUUUCAAGACACCAACGCCUACGCUCCCAGGAAAGUUAGGGUUUCGGGAAGAAAGCCUCUUUCUGAUGUAUCCAAUAAUGCAGGGAACAAACCCCUCGAUGCCUCAGCCAAACCCUCUGUUUCGGUUACUCGUCCAUCCAAACAGAUUAUUAAGUCUAAUCUCGAUAAUAAUAAUAAUAAUAAUAACAUCUCUGUUAUUAUGAACGAUGGAGCCGUUUUUGUUUCUUCUUCUGCAAAGGCAAAGAAUCUUGAAUCCAGUAACAUCAGGACAGCGAAUAACACGGCUUCUGGGAAAUCGAAGACCGGUGGUGGUGGCAGUAGGAAGGUUCUUUCUGACAUUUCAAACACAGGGAAGUUGCCUCUUCUGGAGAUAAAGGAAAAGAAAACCCUGAAGUCAUUGAGAGAGGAGGAACCUCUUUUUCCUUCUGCAAUUGGUGAAGAGAUGUGCCGGCACGAUCAUCGGAGGUGUGUCGAAGCACAAUCUAAGGCUCUGGAUUUUCGCUUCAUAAUGAAUGAUUGUUUUAGGGACUUGAAGGUUUCAGCUGAACCACCUUUGAAUAUCAAAAUUGAGUCUGAGAGCGAGCACUGGGAAUCUGACGAGGAACCUGAGCUGUCGAUUCCUGAAGGGCAGUCCCGGAUGUGGCAUUGGAGUGGGAUCAGCUCUCCAGAACACUGCAACAAUGAAGAACACUUGGAACUGCCUUCGAGCCCAGUGAACUUUGAAAUUGCCAAGAGCCUGGUGACCAAGAGAAAGGUUGGAACUCCAAAGGACAAGGGAGCAUUUGAAGAAGAUCCUGUGUCGUUGUAA